GGCUCCGUGAGGCGGCGGCUGACGGCGGGAGGGAGCCGCCAUGGCAGCCGCCCUACGGGGCGCCCUCUGGAGCUGCCUGCUGCUGUGCGUGUCUGGAAUAGUGCCCAAGCCCCGAAAUGCAAGGAUAAAGUCAGUAAAUUUUCGGAGCGUUUUACUAUGGGACCCACCUCCGGUUCACAGAGGCAAUCUAAGUUACACUGUCCAGUUCAAAAGCAAUUUCCCUAAGCAGGACUUUACCAAUGUGGCAACCAACCUGAACGUCACAGAGUGCGACAUCUCUUCUCUGUCUGUUUAUGGAACCUAUGUGCUACGGGUCAGGGCGCAGUGGGAAAAUGAGCACUCGGACUGGGCGGUCAUCAGGUUUAAGCCAAUGGCUGACACAGUCAUUGGGCCACCCAGUGUGAAUGUGAAGUCUGAGUCGGGGACUUUGCACGUGGACUUUACAGGCCCAGCUGCUGACCAUGAGCAUGACAAGUGGUCCCUUAAGCAAUAUUACGGCUCAUGGAACUACCGAAUACACUACUGGAAGAAGGGUGGCAAUAAAAAGGUAAUUCACAUAGAUACUAAGCAUAACUCUGAAAUAUUAUCUCAGUUGGAGCCGUGGACCAUAUACUGUAUUCAAGUGCAAGGGGUUAUUCCUGAGUGGAACAAAACAGGAGAACUGAGUCAAGAGCUUUGUGAGCAGACCAGUCAUAAUGGUGUAACUCCUGUGUGGAUAGUCGUGAUUGUUCUUCUAGGAUCAAUGCUGGCUGUUAUAAUAUCUGUUCCUAUUUGUUUCAUUUCCUUUUGGUACCUGUACCGGCUCACCAAGCAUGUUUUCUGCCCUUCAUAUAUUUUCCCACAACACUUGAAAGAGUUUUUGAGCAAGCCUCCUAGUGGUUCGCAGUUCAUUUCUCCAGUUCCACAAGAAGAACAUCAUUUUCAUGAUUGGCUCACUGUCAUUUCAGAAGAACCUAAAAGUCAAAGUGAUGAAACUGUGGAAGAGGCCAGCGAAACAACAGAAUACCAUCGGGACUCCAAACAAGAAGUUUCUGAUUCAGAAAUUCUAUCACCUUUGGAAAGGGACUAAACACUCCUCCCACUUCAGUCACGUUGAAAGAAAAGCAAAGGUUGUUAAGUUUCUCUUAUUGCUGCGUUCUUAGGGAAAUUCAUAUUUGAAACUCAGCACAGACUUCAAACGUUGUUUUUUAAAGUCCAAGACACUCACUGAUGGCUGUGAAAGUAAAUGAUACAUAAUUUUUUGCCACUGUUUUUAGUGGCUCGCUGGGAAGUUGUAGCAAUACUCUGGCUAUACUAUGCCAUUAAUUGAAAAAGCAAAUAUCAGAAAUAUGAUACUAGCUAAUUUAGCUUGGUUGAACUAUUUAUUGCAACAGCUAGUCACAAUGGCAUGCUGUAUAAGGUUUUUACAGCAAAAUUACAUUUUGCAAAGAAAGAGCCAACCAGACUUAUUUUUAUAAUGAGAAAGUGUGUAUAUUUAAGAUAUCCAUAGCAACGUAAUCUUUUUAUUGUUUUUGUUUUGUUUUUUUUUUAAUCUGAUGCAGAACUCUGGAGUUAUUCACAGUGAGUAAUGUACCAUCAUAAUAAACCAAACAUUAAUAUUCAGUGUGAUUUGCAUUGCAAGGUCUUAUUCAUCCUUGCUGAGGAAAACAGGAACAUAGCACUGCACUGCCAGGCAGUCCUCUGUGUUCAGGUGUUGCUCAGUCCCCUGAGCUUCUGCCCUGCAGUUUCCAUGGCUUACUGAAGUUUACCUACCUCAUCCAGAGUCGACUGAACUCUGUGGAAAACUUUACAGUUAAAGAGAGAUUUAAAAGUUCAUUUUAUUUACCUAUUGAUACAUAUUCUCAGUAUAAAAAUAAAAAUUGGAACCAGCUGUUUGUGACAUGCUAUGACAUGCUAUGUAAUGCUACCUGAGGUUUAUAGACCUGUUUAUUUGUGCGAAGGUUAUGUCCACACCACUGUCGUCAAGCGGGACCUUUGCACUGCGCUCUAACCCUUUGAGCGAUGCAAUUUUUUUGGUGCAUGUAUUAUUGCAUUCAAUUGACAACGAAAAAUGCAGUCAGCAGAAGUGACUUGUUACAAAUGAAACCGUGUAACCUCAUGUGGAAAUGACAAUGUUUGGGGUUACAGUCUUGAGGCUUGCUAGCAUGCAUUGCAGAAAGAACCAUGAGAACAGGCGCUGAUUCCUUGUACAGGGUAGUCACAUGUAGUUUGGAUUAGCUUUUCCUGUACUUUCCAAUUUCCAUCACCUUUUGUUUUAAUGAACCAUUUGGGAUAUGGAAAUGUGAGAAGGCACUUUUGCUCUGUUUUUU